CAUGCAUUAAAAUCAGAUUGGAAGAGUUUUUGGAAGACAUCUUGAUAAUUAAGUUGAUAAGGCAUUAAAGGAUGCAAAAGAUAAAAGAAAUGGGAUAGUUGAUGAAAUAGGAGGGAAAGAAAAUGUAAUAAAUGAGGCUGUUUGGACAAAAGAUGGUUUGUUAAAAAUAGAAUGUCCUUAACAGGUCAUGCAAUAUCAAUAAGAAAUAUAUGAGUUCCUUCAUUAACGUGAAUAAGAGAACUAAGGAUUUUAACUUUCGAUUGAUUAAAUGAAAAUCAAUGAAAAGAUGCGAAAUACUACAGUAUAUAUAAUAGUUAGAAACAGAUUAGGUUUGUAAUAAAGUAGGCCAAAAUAUAUAAUUUGAAAUCAGAAACAUUAUUCUAAGCAGUUGAUUUGAUAGAUUAAUCAAUUAAUCAUAUAAAUCCUGAGGCAGAGAAAUUGGAGCUCAUUGCAAUAACCUGUUUAUUUAUAGCUACAAAGUAUGAAGAAAUAUAUCCACCUCCAUUGGGAGCAUUGCUUCGAGGCACAGAUUUAAGAGUUAGAGAGGUUAUUGAAAUGGAAAAGGAAAUAUUAUAUAAAUUAAACUUUAAUGUUAUUAGUGAUAAUACAUUAAUAUGGUUGUAAUUGAUAGGAGAAUUAUUAGGAUGUAAUAAAAGAUAUUUGGAAUUGAUAAAACAAAGAUCAAUGUAAAAUAUUUGAUUAAGAAAUAGGUAUUUGGCAGAACUUAGUUUAAUUAAUGAUCGAUUUCUAAGCAUGAAGAAAUCAACUAUAGCAUUGAAUAUAUUUUUGGCUGUGGAAAUGUAGUUUGGAUAUCAGAAGACAUAAUUCUAAUGGGAUCGUUUGUCUCAGCAUUCUAAACCUUGUAAAGAUUCUAAGCCACUAAGAUUAUUUACUUAUUGCUUAAAAAAUUGA